AUGGACAUCAAGCCACUAUUAAGGAGUUUUGGCUCUCUGAUCCGAGCCAUUCUUACAUUUCUUUUUGCUCUCCUGGUCCUUGGGGUGAUGUUAUGGGCGUACAUUUAUGGUUUUGAGAUAGCUACAUCUCCAUAUAACAUCAUCUCAUUUGGUUUCUAUGGACUGCUGCAAAGCAUCCACGUCCUAAUUCAGAGCCUUUUUGCCUUUUUGGAGCAUCGGCGCAUGCAUGCAAGACGUAAACCUUGCUCUUACACAAAAUCCAUUGGCUUUACUAUAUCAGCCUUUCAGGAGGACCCUGCCUAUCUCCGUGAGUGCCUUGUGUCUGUACGGGCUCUGCAGUACCCAACUGAGCUGCUACGCAUUGUCAUGGUGGUGGACGGAAACUCUGAAUAUGACUGCUACAUGAUGGAGAUGUUCCAGGAGGUCUUUGCAGACCAGGAUCCUGGCUGUUAUAUAUGGCAAAACAACUACCACUCUUGGAACCCCACUGGCCAAGUUCAAGAUGCUGAAGCUGAAGACCCCCAGCGCUUGGAGGUUGAAGAACUCAUUAGGACCAAGAAGUGUGUUUGCAUCAUGCAAAAAUGGGGGGGAAAGAGGGAAGUGAUGUAUACAGCAUUCAAGUCACUAGGGUCCUCUGUGGAUUAUAUACAGGUAUGUGACUCGGACACAAAAUUAGACCCUCUGGCCACAGUGGAGCUCUGCAAGGUGCUGGAGAGUAACCAGAAAUACGGUGCCGUGGGAGGCGACGUGAUGAUCCUUAACCUUAAAGACUCCUAUAUCAGCUUCAUGAGCAGCCUGCGCUACUGGAUGGCGUUUAACAUUGAGAGGUCCUGCCAGUCCUUCUUUGACUGUGUCUCCUGUAUCAGUGGCCCCUUAGGUCUUUAUAGGAAUGACCUCCUCCAGCAGUUUUUGGAAUCCUGGUACAACCAGAAGUUUCUCGGCACCCACUGCACUUUUGGGGAUGACCGCCAUCUCACCAAUCGAAUGCUAAGCAUGGGCUAUGCUACAAAGUAUACUGCCCGUUCUAAGUGCUAUACCGAGACUCCCGCCCAGUUUCUGCGCUGGCUCAAUCAGCAGAUGCGUUGGAGCAAAUCCUACUUUCGUGAAUGGCUCUAUAAUGCUAUGUGGUGGCACAAGCAUAACCUGUGGAUGACCUACGAAUCCAUUGUCUCAGGCAUCUUUCCUUUUUUUGUCACUGCCACCAUUAUCAAGCUCUUCUGGACAGGCACUCUAUGUGACAUUUUGUGGGUUUUGUGCUGCAUCCAGUUGAUUGGUCUGAUAAAGGCAGCCUAUGCCUGCAUCCUACGACAAAAUGCAGUGAUGCUCUUCAUGUCCUUAUACUCUGCCCUCUACAUGACAAGCCUCCUGCCCGCUAAAUACUUUGCCAUUAUCACCAUGAAUAAAAGCAGCUGGGGGACAUCGGGUCGUCGUAAGAUGGUGGGGAACUAUAUUCCCCUGGCACCCCUUUCAGUGUGGGCAGCCAUCUUGUUGGGGGGCCUGGGGUACACAAUCUACAAGGAAUGCAAUGAGAAGUGGACAACAGAUGGUAAAAAAGAAGAGAUCAAGUUUUUGAUAUUUGGAUCUGCAGCUUAUGUGUGCUUCUGGCUUGUAAUGAUCUGCCUCUAUUGGAUGUGGUUUCGGAAAUUAUUACGAAAACGCUCACAGAGUUACACUGUGAAUGUAUAAGACAAUUAUUUGGACACCUUUUUAUUUAUUUAAGAAAACUUGCACUUUUUCAUGGUCUUCAUGAAACUUUAUUUAUAGAUUGCUUUUAAAUUUGGAAUUUUAUUUGU